AUGCCACUUACCGACGCUCUCAGGACCCCGUUGUCCGCCGUCUUUGGCCUGCUUUCCAGUGGUUCCUCCAGCAAAACAGUCACUCCAGGUCUUUCCAAAGACGAGGAGACUGAGAAGCUCACCAGUGACCAAUCGCUGUGUGAAAAGGCCGACUUUCGAAUCGGCGGCAUGACUUGCGGUGCCUGCGUAGAGUCUAUCGAAUCCAUGAUGCGCGUCCAACCAGGAAUCCAUUCGAUCAAAGUCGCACUUCUCGCUGAGCGUGCAGUCAUCGAAUUCGAUCCUCUAGUGUGGACGGCCGAGAAGCUGGCUUCAGAGAUUGAAGAUAUUGGAUUCGAAGCGACACCACUCCCGCCGACGUGUACGGACAGCGUAACGCUCAAGAUUUACGGAAUGGUCUGCGCUUCCUGCGAAGCCAGCAUCACCAAUCAACUCAAAGAGGUCCCAGGCGUCGAGAGCGUCGAAGUCAACCACUUGCUGGGAAAGGGGGUUGUCGUUUUCGACCGAAGUCUCGUCGGUGUGCGGAAUAUUGUCGAGACCGUGGAAGGGUGCGGUUUCGAUUGCAUGGUCUCAGCCGAAGACGACGCGACCCAGUUGCGGUCCCUCUCGCGUACAAAGGAGAUUACAGAGUGGAGAGAACGCUUCAAGCGUGCUUUGAUGUUUGCCAUUCCUGUCUUCCUCAUCUCUAUGAUCUUCCCAAUGAUCCCCUUCCUUCGACCCAUUGUCCGGUACCAACUUAUUUCUCAUCGACUCUGGCUUGGGGAUUUCCUUGCCUUCAUUCUCACCUGCCCAGCCCAAUUUUGGCUGGGGAGUCGCUUCUACCGCAACGCAUGGAAAGCCCUCAAGCACAAGAGCGCGACAAUGGACGUGCUCGUCGUUCUGGGAACGAGCGCCGCAUUCGCAUACUCUGUGGGGGCGAUGAUCGUCGCUCUCUUGUUUGGCGCAUCUUCGUCUUCAACACAAAUGACCUCGACCAUGGACGAAAUGCACAAAGAGAUGCACGAGGGUCCAUCAGUCUUUUUCGACACUUCCACUAUGCUCAUCAUGUUUGUCUCCCUCGGUCGAUAUCUCGAGAAUCUAGCCAAGGGCAAAACAUCUGCCGCUCUCACCGACCUCAUGGCUCUGGCACCGUCUAUGGCCAUCAUCUACACCUCUCGACCCGCAGAGCAAGGAACACUUCUCACCUCUAGACUCUCAGGAGAAGGAAACCCGAAGCCAGAGGCCCCAGUUGCUCAUGCCAACAUCGAGUCGAUAACCAAAAAGAUUCCCACUGAGCUCGUUCAAGUUGGCGACAUCCUCCUCAUUCAACCUGGUGCGCAGAUCCCUGCAGAUGGAACAGUCGUCAAAGGCACGAGCGCUGUCGACGAAAGCGCUGUGACCGGUGAACCGAUCCCUGCUCUCAAGGCACCGGGUGAUGCAGUCAUUGGCGGAACAGUCAAUGGAACAGGCGCCUUUGACAUGGUCGUCACGCGAGCGGGCAAGGAUACGGCUCUGAGCCAGAUUGUCAAGCUCGUCGAAGACGUGCAGACGAGCAAGGCGCCUGUACAGGCGUUUGCGGAUAAAGUCGCUGGUGUGUUUGUACCUGGUGUAAUUGGACUCGCUGCGAUUACGUUUGUGGGUUGGAUGCUCGUGAGCGCCGUGCUCAGCGAGACACAUCUUCCUGAAGUGUUCAAGAUGCAUGAUCAGACCAAACUCGAGGUCUGCCUCAAACUUUGUAUCUCCGUCGUCGUCGUUGCUUGUCCAUGCGCCCUUGGUCUCUCCACGCCGACUGCUAUCAUGGGGGGAAAGGCACUCGAGAGCAGCAAGAGUCUCAAGAUGAUCGUCUUUGACAAGACGGGAACCGUUACAGAGGGCAAACCAUCCGUCACGAAAAUGGGGUGGAUCAACUCGGAGGAAACGGCCUCGCAAUCUCACAAACGUCAACUCACCGUCGAGCGUCUACCUGGAACUCCAGCCAGCGGCAAAGUCGACGUCACCAAUCUUUCUUUGCCGUCCAAUAUUGGCUCCCUCACGCGCCUUCAUAUCCUAACAAUGGUCGCUGCCGCCGAGGCGAAGAGUGAACAUCCGCUUGCGAAAGCUGUUGCUACUUUUGGUCAAAAGGCGGCUUCGCGCGCCAUUCCGUCCCAUCAGGCAUCCGCUGAAGUCUUGGCCUUUGAGAGUGUCACCGGACAAGGCAUCCGUGCCAAAGUAGCGUUGACGACAAGCGGUAACGUUGUCAAUGGAUGGGACGUCUUUGUGGGCACCGCUAGUCUUGUCGUUGGAGGAAAUGGAGACACCCCGCUCCCUGGAAGUCUCUUGGAGUUUGAGACGGAAGAGGCCAAACUCGGACGCACCGUCGUUUUCGCAUCGUUGGCGCCUUGGGCCUCUAAGAAUGCCAAUCCUGCGAAUGCUACAUACUCCAAAGUGCCGACACCAUGCCUGGCGCUCAGCAUGUCCGACGUGCCCAAGCCAUCAUCCAUGCGGGCGAUUCGCUCACUACAGGAGAUGGGCAUCAAGUGUGCGAUGAUGACGGGAGAUAGUCAAUCAACAGCGCUCGCCAUUGCAGAGCAGGUUGGGAUUCCAAAGGAGUUGGUCUGGUCGCGCAUGAGCCCGAAAGGCAAAGCGAGUGUUAUCACCGAGCUGAUGAGCAAAGGAGAAGGUGUUGGAAUGGUUGGUGAUGGUAUCAACGACUCUCCGGCGCUAGUCGCAGCUACAGUCGGCAUCGCUCUUUCCUCUGGCACAUCUGUGGCAAUCGAAGCCGCCGAUAUUGUGCUUAUGCGUUCAGAUCUCCUCGACGUUGUGGCGGCGCUCCAUCUGUCCAAGUCGAUAUUCGGCGUCAUUCGUCGCAACCUCGUCUGGGCUUGCAUUUACAAUGUGCUCGGUAUCCCGCUUGCCAUGGGUCUCUUCUUACCGUGGGGUCUCAACCUCCAUCCCAUGAUGGCUGGUGCGGCCAUGGCGUUUUCCAGUGUCAGCGUCGUCACGAGUAGCUUGACGCUCAAGUGGUGGCGACGACCGCAGAGUAGUGUCAUGCCCGGUGAACAGAUUACGGGUGUCACGAUGAUGGACAGCGCCAAGGAGCUCGUUGCGGACGGAUGGGAGGCGCUCAAAGCGAGCGUCCGUGGACGCAUGAGCUCUGGAGUUAGUCGAGGAGCCGAUGGAUAUGCGCAAAUUCCUGUUGAAAUGGACGAUCGUGUAUAG